GGAGCAAGCGAGAGGCCAAGCGUGUCAAACUGAGCUGGAGGAUGAUGAUAUUUUCACUACCUCUCUUUUGCUCCUCGCUGACGCUGCUAUCGCCUUCUCGGCUACUCUCGCAGCGAUGACAAGAGUCAAAGUAAAUUUCUCAAACCUUUGCUACGCGUCACACCCUUGUGUUUGGUGGUGAAAAAGUGAGUUUUUAGGAAGCAAAACCAUCGCGAAAGGUACUUUCACAGUGAAAAGUACGCAAUUUAAAGGUUUGUGCUUCGAUUAACACCAAUAUCCAGCGGUAGUAAGUGUUGGCCGCUGGUAAAACUUGGAAAACAUAAUCGCACAGAGCGCGCGUGCGUGUGUGUGUGUGUGAAAAAAAGCAUUCAAGCACAAGCAUACAGAGAGUGUAGGAAGCAGUGUGCUGCUGCUGCUGGAGGGUGACUAAUCUGAUGUGAAUUCUGCUGCAUUUCGUGUGGAACGCGCUGUGCUGUGUGUGGGGGCAAACAAAAGCCCAUCAACGUUGGUCCGUACGCGAGAGCUGAGCUUUGCAACAAAGGCGAGUGCCCGAGUGCGUGUGGGAUUUCGGAGUGAAAUUGUGACGGCCGCGAGACCCUCCCCGAGAACACCACUUUCUCGAUUAGACAACGACCACGACGACUGGUGGCAGAGGUGUUCCGGGCGCAAUGGAAACGCUAUCAAAUUUCGGCCAAGUGGCCCUGAAAUGGGACCCAAAGAAUCUGGAAAUUCGCACAAUGUCGGUGGAAAAAACACUCGAACCAUUGGUACUGCAGGUGACCACGCUCGUCAGCACAAAGGGUCCGAGUAAGAAGAAAAAAGGCAAAUCGAAACGCGCAAGUGCGUUGGUCGCUGCCGUCGAGAAGGCGACCGACAUUUUCAUCGAGCGGGGCGAACAGAUUGCCUAUGAAAACCCGGACAUUACGCAGGAGAUGCUGUCGGCGGUGGAGGAGGUCCGCAAGACGGGUUCCGCGAUGAGCAUUGCCGCUCGCGAGUUUUCCGAGGAUCCGUGCAGCUCGCUCAAGCGGGGCAACAUGGUCCGUGCGGCCCGAAAUCUACUGUCCGCGGUGACGCGCCUCCUCAUCCUGGCCGACAUGGUGGACGUCCACUUGCUGCUAAAGUCACUGCACGUUGUCGAGGACGAUCUGGACAAGCUGCGGAACGCUUCGUCGCAGGAUGAGCUGAUGAACAAUAUGCGCCAGUUUGGCCGUAAUGCGAACGAGCUGAUUAAGCAGGCGGCCAAACGGCAGCAGGAGCUGAAGGACCCGCAGCUGCGGGACGAUCUGGCGGCCGCCCGGGCCGUGCUGAAGAAGCACUCCACCAUGCUGCUGACGGCGUCGAAAGUGUACGUGCGCCAUCCGGAGCUGGAUCUGGCGAAGGUGAACCGUGACCACAUUCUGAAGCAGGUGUGCGAGGCGGUCAACACGAUAAGCGAUGUGGCGCAGGGCAAGUCGUCGCAGCCGCAGGAUGUGUAUGUUGGCGCGGGCGAGUUGGCAGCCGCGCUGGAUGACUUUGACGAGGGCAUUAUAAUGGACCCGCGGGCAUACAACGAGGUGCGCUCUAGGCCGUCGCUUGAGGAGCGGCUGGAGAGCAUCAUCAGUGCGGCCGCACUGAUGGCAGACGCGGACUGUACGCGCGACGAACGGCGCGAGCGCAUUGUGGGAGAGUGUAAUGCCGUACGGCAAGCACUGCAGGAUUUGCUUUCGGAGUACAUGUCGAAUAUGGGUACGAAGGAUCGCACGCCGGAACUGGAGCGAGCAAUCGGUCAUAUGUACCGGAAAACGAAGGAUCUGCGCCGUCAGCUGCGCAAAGCGGUCGUCGAUCACGUGUCGGAUUCGUUCCUGGAAACGAACAUGCCCCUGCUGGACCUGAUCGACGCAGCGCGCGGCGGCAACGAGAAGCUCGUCCGCGAGCGUGCCGAUAUUUUCACCAAGCACGCGGAAAAGCUGGUCGAGGUGGCAAAUCUCGUGUGCAGCAUGUCGAACAAUGAGGACGGCGUGAAGAUGGUCCGAUAUGCAGCGGACCAGAUCGAAACGCUCUGCCCGCAGGUGAUCAAUGCCGCGCUCAUACUGGCCGCCCGACCCAACUCGAAGGUUGCGCAAGAGAACAUGGAAGCCUACCGGCAGGCGUGGGAGAACCAGGUGCGCAUUCUGACCGAAGCCGUCGACGAUAUUACCACGAUCGAUGAUUUCCUGGCCGUGUCCGAAAAUCACAUCCUGGAAGAUGUGAACAAGUGUGUGCUGGCGCUGCAGGAGGGCGAUGCGCAGGAUCUGCGCAACACGGCCGGCGCAAUUCAGGGACGUUCGGCGCGUGUUUGCAACGUGGUAGAGGCGGAGAUGGACAACUACGAACCUUGCAUCUACACCAAGCGCGUCCUGGAAGCGGUGAAAGUGUUACGGGAACAGGUGAUGUCUAAGUUUGCGCAGCGUGUCGAUGUGGCCGUUGAUGCGCUGUCCUCGAACUCUCCAAAGGAUGUGGAUGAGAACGAUUUUAUCGAUGCAUCACGACUGGUAUACGAUGGUGUGCGUGAAAUUCGUCGUGCCGUGCUGAUGAACAGGAGUUCCGAUGAGUUGGACACCGAUACGGAAUUCGAACCAGUCGAAGAUAUGACCAUCGAGACGCGCAGUAGAUCGAGCGCACAUACCGGAGAUCAAACUAUUGAUGAGUAUCCAGAAAUUAGUGGCAUCACAACUGCUAGAGAGGCAAUGCGUAAGAUGAACGAAGAGGACAAGCAGAAGAUUAUGCAGCAGGUCGAACUGUUCCGCCGUGAGAAGUUGACAUUCGAUUCGGAGGUAGCCAAGUGGGACGACACUGGCAACGAUAUCAUCUACCUUGCCAAGCACAUGUGCAUGAUCAUGAUGGAAAUGACGGACUUUACGCGUGGACGUGGCCCAUUAAAAACGACGAUGGAUGUUAUUAAUGCGGCGAAGAAGAUUUCCGAAGCGGGCACCAAGCUGGACAAGCUGACGCGCGAAAUUGCCGACCAGUGCCCGGAAAGCUCGACCAAGAAGGAUUUGCUCGCCUACCUGCAGCGUAUUGCCCUGUACUGUCACCAGAUUCAGAUCACCUCCAAAGUGAAAGCUGAUGUGCAGAACAUUAGCGGUGAACUGAUCGUGUCAGGGGUAAUGCUGGACAGUGCGACCUCGCUGAUUCAGGCAGCGAAGAACCUGAUGAAUGCCGUCGUGUACACGGUCAAGUACUCGUACGUUGCUUCCACGAAGUACACACGACAGGGCACUGUUUCGUCUCCUAUUGUUGUGUGGAAGAUGAAGGCGCCGGAAAAGAAGCCCCUUGUGCGUCCGGAAAAACCGGAGGAAGUGCGUGCCAAGGUGCGACGUGCAUCGCAGAAGAAAACUCAAAACCCCGUACAUGCACUGUCGGAAUUCCAGAGUCCGACGGAUGCCGUCUAAGCAUGGGCAAACGUAAAUGUUUUAUAAAAACGCUGAAACUGAACAAUGAUAGCGCAUAAAAGACAGGUGAAAAAAUAGGCAGCGGUUGUUUUGUUACUUCAAAAUAUGCUACAACGCAUGGCUCUCCACGUAUUUCAUAUUUGUUGUAGCAGAGAAAGAAGUUGUAGGAAGAACAAGGUGUACGCGGAGUAGAUACAAUACCACAGCACAUGUUGAAUUCAUUUGUGUGAAGAAAAAUGAAGAAAUAAUCAACCAAAAGGGACAUUCGAACAGAAGGAUCUGCCAGAUCUGGCAAUAUCGGGAAUCAAAAAUUCUUCAACGAAUUGCGUGUGACAUGGUUGCCACAAGAAGAUUUUCACUUUUUCACAAGCAACUUGGUCACCAUUGAAACUAAUUUUACGGGGUUAUGCGUAUUUGCAAUUUUAUCUUUUUAUUUAUUAUCCUUUAUUCGUUCCAUUUUCUACAUUCAAUGCGCCGCAUGUGAAACAGAACAAACUAUCCAAGGUAAAGCGCAAUUGGCGACACAUGAAUCGCGAGAGAGGGAAAGGAGGAGUACACACUCGCUUUUAUACACCUCUAUUUUAUUAGCAGUAAGAGUAUAUAAUUAUAUCAGUAUUGUCCCGUUAACACAGUCUCGUUAGUUUUGGCCCCAUAAACGCCGCAACCAUAAAUGAUAGAAUCUGCACACAGGGAAGAGCAAGCGCAGUGUUUGUUGCGUGUAGCGCAAGUGUAUGGCCAAAAAAUGAUUAGGAAUUAGAAAGAAUUUCGCGGUAAAACAAACAAUAUUCUAAUCAUCGAAUGUGACUCUCUAUCUCUCUGAUGCUCGCCGAGUCGCCGAGUUUGUAGAGGAAUUGUUCCGAGGUCGGGUGAAGACAGCAAAGCUCAAAGUACAGCCCCAGAGACACGGGCUAGAGGAUCUAUACUAUAAUGUACAUUGAAAACGCUCAUCGAAAUUAUCGCAUCGCAUUUGCAAAACUCAUAGUAUUGGCAUGACGAUGAAAAACACGUGCAGCAAACCCCAACAUUUUAAUGAAAACUACUAGAAACUCCUCAACAAGGGGGUUUGGGAGCGAGCACCCAUUCCUCCCAAUGCAGGCUUCCGUGAGGUUCGUGUAACUCAUUUUCAACUACCACCAUCAAUUAGACCUCGAGAUAGUAUACACUCCAGCGUUCCACAGCACUGUACGUAGUCGUAUUUAGCCAGCAGCGUUCUAGAGUUUCCAUAUAUACACACCUACUUCUUAAAGCUAUGAUAUAUACAAGAAUAUACACUACUCCUCCUACGGGUAGCAUAAGCAGGCCCGAAGCGGUCGGGAGAUUUUAACGACACGGCAUUAGCUACACAGAAAAAAUGCAUAAUCAUAAACACUCAAACACACACACAUAUUCUAUGACGUUAUAUUGAACGAUAGUAGCAGUAGACAGAACUCUGAAAAACUGAGCUGAUGGGAGAGGCUGUGUGUUUGAAAGAGCUUUUAUGUUAACAUGUUAAAGGAGAACAAAUGACUCUAACACUCAUGAUGUAGAACUUAUUAGAGAGGAGAAGGCAAUGGUGCGCAAAGAUGCAUUUGGAAACGGCAGCGGUAUGUGUGUGCGUGUCUGGAAAAUAAAGUGUAAUUGAGUAACAUGUUAGAAGAAA